CGAAUGGGAUGUCAGAAAAUAGUACUUCUGUUGAUAUAUCAUCCAUCGGCAAAUCCCUGUGGUUGAUCAAAGUGCCCAAGAACCUAGAAAGUGCCUUGAUGCAAAGUGCAAUGCAUAGCUCAGUUGGGACUCUUUCCGUAACCAGACAGGCUGGCAAGAAGCCCUCGAUGACCUUUGAACCCUCUCCUUCAGUUCUAAAUGCGAAGUCAAGUGUGAACAACCCGAACAGCGAGGUGUCGAGUGUGUCCAUGGUGCCUGUCUGUGUAGCUGAGAAGUACACCAUCGAUCCUGUCCAAGUAGAUAGACUGACAUUGACUGUGUUUUCAGAAACUGAUAAUCAGUCCGCGUCUGCGGCCAAUGGUGGGUCGGCUAUGGACCAAAUUGAGCCUGUGAUGGGUGCAAUCAAAUUUGAAGGCUGCAUCAAAACACGCGGAGAGAUGAAGCCGCCCAAAAGUCUGUCCUACUUGAAACUGAAAGCACAAGAGUUCAAACAUCAGAACAUUCCGACUAAGUUGACCAAACUGACCGCAGAAGUGAACAACUACAGACCCAGAGCACAUGCAGUGCACAAUGUCACAGGCGGCAACAAGGCGCAGCCGAAGACGAGGGAGGAGCCGGAAGUGGUGAAGGAGAAAAUAUUCAAGGCGUUUGAGUUGCACCAGUAUUACAGUAUACAGGACUUGCAGAGGAAGACAGGCCAGCCUGUGGGCUACCUGAAAGAUAUUCUGACAGAAAUUGCAGAUUACAACAGAAAUCCACCUCACAGAUUCACAUGGGAACUGAAGCCGCAGUAUCGUCACUAUGGACAGUCGUAGUCUCUAUAUUUGAGUUCUUUUGCUACCUCCCGGAUUCGAAGUUUGAUUUCGUGUUCUACGAGAGCUUGUUCAGAUCACGAGGACAGUUUUCACGCAAGUUUGUGAAAUGAAGCGAAGACGCUGAUAAUUGGAGAAGUUACAUGAAUAUUCCUAGCUUGCAUAAUUCUCUUUCUAAUUAAAAAAAACUCCGAAACU